AUGAUGCAAGGCAUGUCCUUUCCUCCACACCCGACGGGCAUGCAACCAGGCGUGCCCCACGGUCAUCCUGGAAUGCCUCCCAAUGCUCAGCAUAUGGGCCAGCCGAUGCAGAUGCCUGGUGUCUCGGGUCCUGGUGCUCCUCACAUGGGUCAACCAGCUAUGAUGGGCAUGCAACCCGGCCAGCAGAACAUGCCUCCCGGUAUGGGUCCCGGCCCGGGUGGUGGCAUGAUGCCGCAGCAGUCGAUGGGCGGUCCCGGUGCAAACGCUAUGGCAAUGAGCCAUCUCAACCCCCAGACCCACAUGAUGCAACAGCACCAUCAGAUGCAGCAAGCAAUGGCCAACAACCCCCAAUUGAUGAUGCAGCAGCAACACAUGGCGCGUCAACGGCAGAUGAUGGCAGCGCAACAAGCCCAGCAACAACAACAGCAGCAGCAGCAACAGCAGCAGCAACAGCAGCAGCAGAUGAACGGUAUGGGGAUGGGAAUGGGCAUGAACGGCCAUCCGGGCAUGAGCCCUCAGCAAUUCGCUCAGAUGCAGGCAAAUCCCGCCUUCCAGAAUGCCCAAAUGGCCAAUCUGCCGCCUCAACACAUCAUGCAGAUUCAACAAAUGCGACAGAUCCAAGCCGCCCAAGCUGCUCAGCAACACGCAGCGCAACAACAACAGCAGCAGCAGCAACAGCAGACGCCGCAUCCUCAGGGUCCUCAGGCUCCUGCAACACCUCAGUUGCAGCAACAGUCAAUGGCGCAACACAUGGCAAUGCAGCACGCUUCAUCUCAGGCGUCGCACCAGAGUGCGCCCCCAAACAACCAGCCUCCGCCACAGCAGCCGCCGCCAGCUCAGAUGAGAAGCCAAUCGCAAAUCCCAUCUGGUCCUGAAGGUCAGGGCCAAGCAUCGCAGCAUGCUCAACCCCAGCCUCAACAGCCUCAGCAACCCCAAGGACAACCUCAGCCCCAACAGCAACAACAACAACAGCAGGCGCAACAACAGCAACAGCCUCCUCAGCCCCCCAGUGCCCAUCCCACACCACAGAUGCAGGCACAGACGCUACCUCUACAGCCUCCCUCUUCGCAGCCUCAGCAGCCCAACCAGCAAACUCCUCAGCAACCGGGUUCCGCUCAAUCUCAAAACCAGCCGCAGAAUGCGCAACAGCAACAGCAGGCGCAGCAGCAAGCCCAGGCACAGCAGCAGCAGAUGCAGAAUGCUCAGCAGCAACAGCAACGCCACCAGAUGAUGAACAUGAACAACAUGAAUAUGAUGCGUCAACAGCAGGCUAUGGCUGCUCAACAACAACAACAGCAGCAGCAACAGCAGCCAAGUCGUGCGACCAACGGGCAAUUCAUCCUCAAGCUGAUCCAAUUCUCUGACCACCUCAGCGCGUUCAACGCAAGUUUCAUGAUCAGCGCCUCCUCACUCGCACGGUACUACUGGACAUGGUUCGACAGUGGUGUGCAAAACAUACAACUGCAGCUAGAGGGCGUGAGAGAGAUCCCUGCCACCAACAAUGCUCACUGGGUGACGUGCACCCGUGCUCGCUACAUCUUCUGGUUUGCAAACAACACUCAAGUAGAUCCUCUCCUGAAUCCUUUCGAAUCGCUCGAGUUCGAAGUGUCCAAGACAGAGGAAUUCAUCCCACGCUCCGAACUCGCGCGUGUCGUCGCCCAGGGCUCACCCCUGAUGAACAAAAGUCCCAAGAUGAGCAGAACACCGGCUAAGAAGGCAAUGCAAAAGGCACAAGGCGGUCUUCAGCUCGAAGAUUUCCCAUCCGCCCCUGUCAAUGAAUACGCCGUCACCCCCGCUGUUAUGCAAUACCUUGAGGUAGCGGAAACCAUCUUCUUCAUGAAGGACCUGAUGGAGUACUCUCAGAAAAACGAGCUCCGGCCCCACGACGCCAUGAACCAGAUGGUCGCCCAGAUCGAGGAGGGGCAACAAUUCGGCCAGUCUCAAAACAUGGUUCCAAACCCCAUGCAACCCAACCACGCUCAGAUGGCUCUGCAAAGAAACGGCAUUGUUCAGCCCCUGCCUCAGGGUGCCGGCACUCCCAACCAGGCCCACAUGCAGUUGCCUGGCCAAACGCCCAUAUAUUCCUCGCCGUCAGUCCCCCACAUGAAUUUGCCGAUGCAGCACCUGAACGGGCAACAGAUGAUGGCUAUGAAUGGCUCACCUCACAUUGCACACCCGGGCUUGCCCGGUGGCUCUUUGAUGGCUCCCAACCACAUGAUGGGACAGAUGCACCACUCCCCAAGCCCGCACAUGGGCCCACCGAUGAUGGUGCCGCAGCACUCGCAGCAAGGCAACAACCCAACUGGUGCGCAUCAGUCCACAUCGACAAGCCCAAACCUGAGUAGUAAGCGUCGGCGUUCACAAGUCAAGCUUGAAGGUGAUGACGGACUAGAAGGACCACCUUCACAACGCAUGAAACCUAGUCCAGGCCUCAAGAAGAAGUGA